AGCAGCAUUUGCUCCGCCUGCAGCAUCUCCUGCAACAGCAGCAGCAGAGCCCCGCGGCUCCUACCCAACCGACGCCCAGCCGAACGGUGACACCAUCCCAGCAACAAAUGUUAACUCUUCAGGCACCCAGUCCAGCGUCGCUACUCAACGCCAACCCUGUGCUCCAGCGAGCCCUCCUCCUGCACCAAAUGCAAGGUAACCUCAGAGGCUUCAAUGUGGCCGCCGCACCUGUACUACAGCAGUUUUUCCCUCAAGCCACUCGGCACUCUCUGCUGGGCCCCCCACCCGUCUCCCUCAAGCCCCCCCACCUGGGUUUCCCGGCCCUCCCGUUUCAUCGCCAGAACCGGCCCUUUCGUAAGGAUUUUCCCAGGGUUCCGGAGAGGAAGCGAGAGGCCGACGGUGCCUCGUCAUCCGUACCAGGGCAAGGCGAGGAAGGGGCUGCACCGGUGGGAAAGCAGCCUGGCUCUCCCCCUUCAGAGACCUUCCUGGAGUCUUCUCAAGAUGGCGAACCAGCGGCCAAACUGCCCCGAAGGUAACCAUUAUUUCCUGCAAG